ACGGCUCUAAAGAGGAACUGAAAAUGCUCUACUUCCGCUGCAGCAGCGACAACGGGCACGUCAAAAAAGAAGGAAAAUGUGGAGCGAAAGGACAAACUGAGGCCGGAGAAACAACGUCGAACUAGAUUUUUGUUAUUUUUCGAGUUUAGCUCCGAGGUGGCUGUUAUUGUUUGAAGUUACCUGACGAAUCUGUGACAGUUAAAGGGUGGUUUCGAGGUGAACUCGUCCCCUUGUUCUGUGGUGGUUCUCUUCGAGGAAGCUGCUCGGCUAACCAGCUAACUCUGCCUGAGAUGGGGACGAGAGCGAGCCGCCUUCAGGAAGACCCGGUACCCUCUGCUUUCGGGAAAGAUGGUACAAAGCGGGGCUCCUACCGACGAACCCGCUGCGAAAGACCCACUAGUCUGAUGGUGGACUUCUCCGUGAGAUUCGAGGACACAGAGGCCAACCAGAGCCGAUCGGAGGAGGGCAGCGACUCGGACCUUGGACAGCAUGGAGCGAGCGCCGAUGGUAGUCCCGCUGACCACCACAGCAUCCCCUCCAGCAUCAGCCAAGCGUCCCCCGCGGACGACAACAACAGCGAGGGGAAACCCGACGAUGGUGGGAAUAUAAGCCCGGAGCCUCCCGUUGUAGCGGAACAUCAGCCCGGAGAAGAAACAGGCCGCACGCCCCACCGCACCUUUUCCGAGCGGCUGCCCGGGAACAGGCACUCUUCCUCCCGCAGCGUCGGCGCAAGAUCCGCCCGGGUCCGGGGCACGCACCAACGGCCAGUGUCCGAGGCUUGGAUCGGCCUUUACCGUGUCAACAACCGUCAUGGCAGUAAGUUUAAACACUUAUCCACAGCAGUAUUAUUUCCACUACAGAAAUAAAUAUUACUAUUUUUGCCUGGUUUAAGAAAUUUAAACCAUGUUUAUUCUGAAGCACCUGAAAAACAUUUAGCUGUUUCAACUCUUCAACAACCCCUUAAAACACAACAUGGAGAGAAUUAAAAGAGGUAUAGCAUUGUGGGAAACGUGGAAAAUCAUCAUCCAUGUAUUUUAAAAUGUAAGAUAAGGUUGUUACAUUACAUGUGCCAUAUUCACGGUGCGUUAAAAGAUGACGGUAACUUGUGACGAUAGGAUAUCCACGAUAUGCUUUGAUAGCAAUACAAUGAGUCAUUCAGGAAAAGUGGAAAAUCAUAAUCCAUGUAUUUUGAAAUAUAAUAUACGGUUUUAACUUAGGCUGGGACGAUAUGCUUUUCUCCCUUCUACGAUUUUUUUUUUGGAUGCUGAUUCGAUUUAAAUUGCGAUGCUACGAUAUUGACGAUUUUCUUGAUCUUUUGUCUGCAUUAUUUAACACCAGUGAAACAGCUGAAUGAUUAUGAUUGUCUACUGACUGUUCCAUGAGCCAUAUUUCCCCAAACAAUACACAUCACAUGUAAGUUAGUUUUUAAUAUUUAUUCUUAAAUUUGAACAUAAAUAAUUUUUUUGAUCAGAAACAGUGUAAAACAAAAUAUCGUGAUACUUACGUGGAUUCUUUCUCCAACCCAUAGUUUUUACUUAAAUGUACCAUACAGUGGGUUAAAAGAUGAUGGUAACUGUUACGAUAUGAGAUUGGGAUACUCUCUGGUAAUACUGCAAUUCAAUUAGUUGGGGAUAAUAAAUCCCGGAAAAUAAAAAUUAUUAAUAUACGAAUACAAAAUUCUCCUUAAAAGUAAAGUGCAGUAUUAACGUUAAUAGCGCCACCAGGAGAAAUCAGGAAGUUGGGACCCACUCAAGUGUAAAGAAAUUAAAACAAAAAAAUCUGAUUACUGGAUCAUACCUUUUUAAAAACUGUGUUGCACAAGCCAGGACAAUAAAUAGAUGUGUUGAUAUUUUUCCACCCCACUGUCUGUUUUCAAGUUCAUGCUGGUUUAUGUGCAAGUUUGUGAUUCAUGGUUUUGUGAAAGACUCUAAAUCUCACAUUAACUUAUGAAUAUUGUAUUAAAACGUCUCCCAGCCCAGCUUUUAAUCCACCCAGUCUGAAAUUAAUAUGGAUUAUUUGAGGAAUUUACAUUCCAGAACAGAUAAUCUCCAUUCCCGUGCCUGCAUGUGAACUGAAAACAUCAGAGACCCUUUUGUAUAAGGCACAGAGUUAUGGCACAAAACUAGAAAGAGUGACAUACAAGCCCUUUCAUGUCACAAGGCCGUGCGUUGACACGAAUUGUCAGUGCCAAAUCCUGAAACAUGCGAGUUGAAAACAUUAAGUAACCAGUGACCUUUGUGUUAAAAUGGGAACAUGAAUUCUCGCAGGAUGUGAAAAAGCGUACUUGGUCUGCAGCGGACAAUCGCUUGCUCAGAAAUGGUUGAUGGUAAGGCCUUUUUGUGACCAAAAAAAUGAAACUGAGAGUGAUAAUACAGCGCUAUGGUGGGUUUCCUAAGCCAGCCCUCUAGCAAGUGUAGGGAAAUGGGUCACAACUUCGCAUGCCCGCUCACUGCUGGCAGCGGCUCGUGGUGAGGAAAUUAGGGCAGCGAGGCACUGUAUCAACCCGUCUGUCCUAUCCACUCACGGCUCUGGCAAAGUUUACCCCUGCAGCUCUUGUUACUGCUUUGUGCAGCGCAUACAGUCGGAUAACAAACUAUUUUGGGUCAGUCACACUCGAGGCAACAUCAUUCGCACUAUCUACUACAGGGGCGGCAAUCCGGCGAUCACACCGCCUGAUUAUGUUUCACUCUGCUCCUGCCAAGUCUGCGUGUGUAAUCUAGAUGUCCGCACACAAGCAGAGCGCUUCUGCCUGAUGUGACGCACGCUUCAUCCAUCAUUCAUGUCUCACUGCGUGACACCGUGUGUUAAUCUCAGCUCUGUUGUGUCUUUGCUCUGUGCAGAUAUCCGCUGUCCUUUCUGCUCAAAGCCUUUCCCCGGGGGUCGGAUUGAGGAUCACCUGUUGAGCUGCCUCACGUCCCCUCCUUUACCUUACAACAGUAAGUGUCAUAUCACAGAAUUCCCCCUCCUAUUGAAUUUUUUAAGGUUCGAAACACUCACGGUUGUUUUGUUUGUGUGUGUGUGUGCAGCGGAUGUGCUCAGUAAAGACAGCGGAGAGUGCUCCAUCUGUUUGGAGGAUUUGGUGCAGGGGGAGACCAUCGCCCGGCUGGCUUGCCUCUGCGUCUACCAUAAGAGGUAACAAAGUACAGCUGAUGUAUUUGCAUCACAAUACAGAGAGAGGCAGACAAAGGGAAUGCAAAUGAGGCCAGGUGAGAAGAAAAACAUCACAGGAAAGUGUGUCAAGCCUUUUCCAGAUCUGAAAAAACAUGUGGUUACGACGAGGCUUAGGGGUUUGGGAAAACAAUGAAGCAAAGGUUUCUCUGUCUGUGUGCUAACAAACAUACAGCAGCACAGUGACGAUAAUUACAGACCCAUUGUCCUUUUCCAUGAUAUCAUGUUCUUGGAAGCGAUCUUGACAACCUCUGCUGGUGAUGUACUGUCAUUAAGAGUCAUUAUGUUGAAUAUGAGAUUAAAUAGAGACUGCAGAAUAAGAGCAAAAGCCUUUCUGCUGUGUGCUUGUGGAGAUGUAACCACAUUAUUUUCACAUUUUAGAAAGAUAAACAUAACACCUCUGACAGCAGACUCUUGGAAGAGUUGUGAAACUAAAGAUAAAAGAGAUAUUCGUCUAAUUGCGUGAUGACAAUCAGUGUUUAGGUACUUUUGAUUCGGUGUAAUGUCGGAUUUCCCGACUUCAAUCGAGACUUUUCUUCUAUACUGUCAGCUCAGAGUGAAACUUUGCUUGCUGAGACUUGAAACACACCAAGAUUACGCAAUCCACCUCGGCGAAGUGAAGAAUCCGUCUGCUAUUUUCAUUUGUCAUGAUAAUUGCAUCUUCAGCGUGCGGUAUUUUUAUUGGGAUGAAAAUCCACUUUCUAUUUCCAUAUGGUUUUUCCACACAUCAGUCAUAUUCCCCAGACUGCUUAUAAAAGCAGAUUCAAUGUUUGAAUAGUAUGAAAAACCUGCGGUGAAAGGGUUAAAACGUGCAAACUCAAAGACCCCGUUGAAACUUAAAUCAAGUCCAGAUAAGGCGCGCAAUAUGUUUGUCUUUUUGUUUUGUGCUGUAGUGAGUAGGUGUGGUCGUUUGGCUGUUUAAGUGACAUUCUGAUCCACCCAGCAGAGCAACUGGGAUCUACAAAAACAUAAAAAAAAACAGCCUGGAAUUUUUUAAUCCAAGAGACGUUCUUGUCCGAAGACUCUCCACAGAAAAACAGUCGAGCUUUACAGCAGAUAGAAAACCAUUUAUUUGCAAACUAUAUCUGAGAUUAGCUGUAAACGUCACAGUUUCCCAAAAGUCAACAUGAUUCUUUUAAAUAUUUAUUACAAGGCUUCUCGGCUCACUUCUCUUUAUAACAGCUGUUUUCUGUCAUCAGUAUGUCUCUCUCAUGUUCGUCUUUAUCCUUCACGCCCAUUUUAAUGUACUUCAAAUACACUUUUCAAUACUUUUCAGUGCUAGAUCCUUCAAAAUGUCACAAUAUCUGAUAUAGGCUGAUAAUAGCACGCGAGUUUACGAGACAAAAACAAUCCACGUUCAUAUUCUCAACCAGAAGCUGACAGAAAGAGAGGAAGCGAGCGACGGUGGUCAGUCAGCCGAAAGAUUAAGUGAGGAGUAUAGAGAGAGAGAGAGAGGGAGAGUCCUGGUAAACAAAACAGCAGAACUGAAAAUGAGAAGUUAUUUUUUGAUUGACGCUUUUAAACUCCGCACAGACAGACAGGAAGGUGUCAGAUUUAGUUUGUUGUUUGCAGCUGAAGUCGUGCUCCUUCCUGCUCUGCCCUCCGUCACAGUUGCUGCACCACCAGCCCCUCGAGUCACCGCUCUGCAAAUACUGACGACUGUUAGGUGUUUUUAGCAUCUUAUAAAUACACAUGAUGUUUACGUGAGAGCAGACACGAGAGAAAGAGAGAGAGCACGAUAUCACCGUCUCCCUGUAUGUUUUCUAUUAGUCCAGACUGGAGAGUGUUUACAGGGAGCUUCACACUGCUGUACAAUGACUGAUGCCCAGAAAAUGACCAGAAAACACAGGAAACACACAACCCCCACAUUUCUCCUGAAUUCGAAUGACAAAUAAGUGGAAAUAUUUUAAUUUGAUCAUGACAUAUUGAGGAAAAAUGUGAUUAUUUUUUUUUGCCUUUUCUAGAUCUGAUAUCUUAAUCACUCCUCCUUGUUGAGCAAACGUUUCGAUGUUGUCUGGAAAUAAUCUCAACUUCCUCUUUUUUUAUGUUCAGCCAUCAGUCUCAAACUGAAACACGCUCAGUUUACUAUCAGACACGGGAGAGAAAGAGUCAAAGGGAAGCUGCGUGUUUUCUAUUUUAGCUGAAAAAUGUCAUUCUGUAAGAAUUCAGAGCAGUUACAGAUUGUUUGGUCCGUCCUGUUGCGCAAAGACGAAUGUUUUCCACUCUUAUUAAGUGAUAGAAGCAAAUAAAAAAACCACAUCUGGCAUCUUAUCUCAGUUCCUGUUUUAUUUAAAGAGCUCGAGAGCCUUUUUAACUGGUAACAGUCACCAGACCGAUUAUAUUUAGUUUCACUCUGUCAGUAAGUGGAUCAAGCCUCUCUGAAGAUACCAGGUUGGAAAACACACAGCAAAGUUUUGACGCUUUAGCGUGAGUGAAUCAGAAUCUAAAGCCUUUGUGUUUUAUCUCCAAUCUUUAACUCUGCAGCUGCAUUGAUUCCUGGUCCAAAGUGAAGCCCUGCUGCCCCGAACAUCCCUUUGAUUGACUCGCAGGUCACAUGUAUUCUGCACAGUGACCAACCCGACUCAGGUAUGUGGAUUUACGACCCGGAUAAACCACGCGGCUGUUCAAAAAUACAUCACGUUUGUGGUCUGUGAUGUAGAAACCAACUUUGGUAGAUGGGGGUUCAGGAGGUCACGAAGCCACAAGGAUUACUGUGACGCAUUUAUUCGAUGGUGGGAAUGACCAAAGUACAAAAACUCAGCAUACAGAUUUCAAUCAGCAUCAUUACCACUAAACUUUUUCAAAGCUCUUAUUUUGGUGCCCCAUGACCACCAAACUCAAGCUGAUAAUAAGUUUUAUUUAUAUUCAAGGAAACGCCUCCUCAGAAAAUGGUUGCCAGUGUGAUAAAUCAUUUUUUGUAUUGAUACUAGGAAUUUUAGGAAUAAUUCGAAGACUCACUAUGCAGAGUUUUUAAGAAGAGAGAAAUAAAUAGUUCUCCUGAGCUGCAGACGCACAUAAAACCACGAGCUUGAGGAGUGACUAUAACAACUAAGUUUAACUUCUGAAACUGCCGCCGGAGGCUGGGUGUUAGACGGAGUGGGAUGUCUAUGUGAUGUUUUUAAUCUCUUUUAUCCAUGAGUCAUAUUUCUGGCAGUUUGAAAAAUGAGGACAGGACUUUAAAUCAAGUAAAAAGUUCCCGCGUUGUCCACAGGGGGCGCCAAAAUCCACACAAAUGGAAAAUUCCUUACAGCAGCUUUAAUAAGAAUGCGUUAUAGAGAACUCAUUCAUCAUAAAUUUCUCGUUUAGCCGUUAGUAUUUAAAGAUUUUUAUUCCAAAUUGAGUCUCAUAACCAGAGCUUACUUAUUGUAAACAAACCUGUUAGAAGGGUAGGUGGAGCCUGUUUAAUGAGGUCUAAUUUGAAACUCAACCUAUCUCCGCUGAUGUAACUGAGAGUUUGCUGCUGCUGCUUAUCUGGAAGACACAAUUAUCAUAAGUCCAGGAGUGACAAAGACAUGUUUGUCACAGUUAUAGUGAUCCUCCAGGAGACGCUGAUGUGUUCAUUUGUACCUCUUAAAGGUCUCACUCAGUGUUAAAAGUAAAGCGCUGGUUUAGCUUAGUGUAGUGUAAACACUGCGCACUCUAUGUGUAGAGUCUUGUUGCCAUGGUCGCCGGUUCAGCUCCCAGCCUCGACCCUGUGCUACUCUCUUCUCCCCACGUUUUCUGCCUCUUCAGCUGUCCUAUCUAAUAACUGCGAACAUGAUACACCACCAGACACACCACACCAGAUCAGUUUUAGUCAUCUUUCACUAUGAACAACCAACACAGAGAUUAGACCUUAAAAAAAGUCAGGGUUACAUCCUCUGCUCUCAUCUUUUCAUCAGAUGUCCAGAGAAGCUUUAAAAAUUCAUAAAAUCUCAUAAAGUCUCUCAUCGUCUCCAGUCUGAUAUAUUUCAUCACUUCUUAAAUCUACUGUGAGGACUCGAGGGGAGAGGGUCACUCCGCUGCAUCAGCACAAGGUGCAAAAAGCCAGCUAAUAUACGGCCCGUGGCGUGGGAGCGAAUUCAGCGGUGAGAGGGGGACGGAUCUAUUAGCACCUCUAAUAUUUUGGACUAAGUAUUAAUUAAGAACAGAAUCCUUGACGCUUGCAGGAGCUUGUUUGCUCCUAUCACGAGGAGGGACCAAAUCUGACCUAAUUCUGGAGGCCCGCCGAAGCUUGUACACUGUCUUGAAUUGUGUUGACAUGAACGUGUCGUAGACGGAUAAAUGAGGUGAAAAAUGUUAUCACGGGUUUCACCUGGAUUUGGUUGUUUUAGCCCUCCUCUGGUUUGUUUUGAGGUUGAAGUAAAGCUGCACUGAUUGAGGUUAUAGUGUGUAUCCUAAUUAGAGAAAAUAAGGAGAGUAAUCAGAGUCUGAGUGAAUAAAAUGAGAUCUACAGGAAAGUAUCCCCAAUGUUAAAGGGAUAUUCCGGCGUAAAAUUAAUUUAGGGUCAAACACAUCAUAACACCGAAUUAGACACCCCCUCAAGAGAUGAAUGUUGCCGACUUCUCUAGUUAUACCAACUUUAGUAACGACCGCAGGAUAGCAAUACACAGCGGUCUGAGGAGCCAUAAACAAACCUUAACCAAAACACAACUCACCUACUCUCUUCCAACAGCCACUUGUUUGUAGCGAGACCUCAGAUGAGUCCAUUACGGAUUGCAGCGGGGUGACGCAGCUCAAGGAAGAACAUUUAUGAUCAUUUCUUCAUGGAAAUACAAUCAGAUCGAGACGCUAAGGCAGAAGAACUACCACAUCUGCAGUGCAAAAUGAUUAAUAUGAUGAUUAUUACUUCAAGGAAAUGAUAAAGUAAUGAUCAUAAAUGUUCUUCCUUGAGCUGCGGCACCCCGCUGCAGUCAAUGGACUCGCCUGGAGGUCUGUUGUGUUUCUUUGCUAAAGAAAUCAGGCAAAGUUAAAAAGAUGUUUGGUGUCUAGUACUAUGGCUGUGACCCUACAUGUACUGUUGAUGAAGUUAGGUGCUGUUCUGAGCAUUAUUUGUGGCUAUAGAGUGGCGUUUUGGUUGAGGUUUGUUACUAAAGUUGGUCUAACUAGAGAAGCAAGCGGUCAGCAACAUUCAUCUUUCGGCAGGGGUGUCUUACUCGGAGUCCCGGUGUGUUUGACCCUAAAUUAAUUUUACGCCGGAAUAUCCCUUUAACUUGGACCAUUUUCACCCUCCUGUUGCAGACUUCACAUUCAUAUGCUCAUUCCUGUACUCCUGACUUUGUCUAAUUCCUCCUCUCUUGUCUUUUUCUUCCCUUUUAGGAGACUACACUGAACCCCCAAUAAAAAUCCCAAUAAAAAUGUGUAUUUGAACAAACAAAAGCCCACUGUCCCUUUCAGACACCAACUUUUUUUAUUCGAGUGGAGAGCGGACGAUCCCAGAGAAGACGAAGAAGAAGAAGCUUCCGUCAGAAAAAGCCAGCUCUCUCUUUUUUUUUUGGAUCGGUCCACAUGAACCCGGUCUCGGACAUUUCAAGCCAAACUCCGACCCCUCUUGUCUAAUCUCCGGCUCAGAUCCUUGUUGGAGCAGCCGUGGAGGAGUUCCUCUUUCUUUGUUGACAGACUUGGCUUGAGUCCUUUGGAUAUUUAAAAGAAAAAAUCUGUCAGAUAAACAUUAUCAUCCCAGAAUGAUGGAACUGUGCCCAGAAAGAUCUUGAACUUGGGAGAGGAGCACAAAAAAUGUCAAACUGUGACUCUGGAUCCUCUCCUCUGUAUUUUUCUGUCUCUUUGUACGGGAUUGGUCAUUUUAUCGAGUAUUUUGCAGAUCGAGUAUCGUUCCUCGUCAUACAUUGGAUGAAUGUUUUCUUUCCUCGGCUUACCCCAAAUGAACCAACCUCACACUGAAAGCGUGAACUGUUACCAUACAAACAAUGCUUUAUUUUGACCUAGCUAGAAGUUGAGGGCUUGUUUUUUUUGGUGAAUGGGGGCUGCCGUUGCUUGAUAUUUUACAUUUUCUUUCUGUUACCAGUAAACAUUUCAGGGGAAGUUUGGGGGCUGAUUGUUUUUCUGAGUAGGUCAGUUUUCUUGUAGGUGGUUUGUUAGCUCUGAGUUUAAUGUGCUGCUACUUGCUGAGUGUUCAGGAGGGUUGUAGGUAUUUCAUAGGGCCACAGUAGCGCCGGUGUUGGCAUUGAUAUGAGCACUUUUGUCCCUCAAGGCUGAUUUUUUUUAAUUUUUCACAAGAGGUCUGGGAUAAGGUUGUGUGUGUGUGUGUGUGUGUGUGAGAGUGAGGGAGUGUGAUAAUGACGAUGACCAGGGGCAGAAAAUGUCCUCAUGAAUAUGGUUGUGUUUAAAAAAGGUGUGUGGCUUUGUGUGUGUGUGUGUUUACUGUAAAUUGCCCAGAAGUCUGCUUGGCUCAAGCGGGUUUUAUAACUUUUAAUGCCAGUUUGUCGCUGGCAAACAUCCUGUUACAUGUGGCUUUGGUACGCAGCGCGGCUGCACAUGUGGUCCCGUGUGAACUAAAAAAAUGGUUAUUUGGAUUUUUGUCCCGCUGCCCCCUCCUCCUGACUCCAUCUCUGGGGUACAGUUGGGACUUUUUUUGGGGCAGAUCCCGAGCGUCAGUUUGACCAUCUGGUUACGCGAGGGGGGAUAAACUGAAGGAUAGAUUGAGGGAUGUAUUUUUGGGGACAUGUUUACACCAUGUGGCGUCCGCCUCUCUUUCCAACUCUGGAGGCUAUGGACAGCUGAUGGUUAAAUAUUACAUAAGAAGCCCCUCCUCCUUUCCCCUCUCUGAUUUUUUGAAUCAUUUAGACAUUAUAUCAUCAGAGUUAUUGCUAAAUGUGUAAAGUGGCUUUCCUUUGCCUUCUUUGUGUGUGCGUGUGUGUGUGUGUGUGUUGGUUGCUUUGGCCUGGUGAGGGUUUCUUGUUGGAGCAGGUAUUUGUAGUGUUUUUUUUUUUACUUUUUGGGAAGAAUAAAGUUAAAUCCCAACGAGUAAGGCUGCUCAGCAGAUGCUUGCUGAUCAAUACAGGUUGCACACAGGCCGAGCGGGAAAGUGAGAACGAACAAAAACAGGAGUUAACUGCUAUUUACAGCCUGUUUAAAAAGACAGGACUGCUCUGUGUGUUUUAAUCUGUGCGAUGGAUCAGUUUAAAGGUCAACCCAGUGCACAGGUUUCCUACCAGCUCGUUCAUUCACCCCAGUCUUUUUCAUUUUCUCCAAACAGUCUGAGGUGCUAUGACUUGUGUCGCCACUAGAGGGCAGCCCUGUGCAUGUUUCUCAUUUCUUUUGUAUUGGAGGAUAUAGAAAAUUAAUGCCAAAAGUUUGUCUGCGCAUCAGGGUUAGUGUGUGUGUGCGUGUGUGCAUGUGUGAAUGAGUGAGGAAGAGGUGGAGUAUUGAUCAUCAUAGGUGUUACGUUUGUUGUGGUGAUAAGUUAUGUAUUGUAGACUUUGGCUGGGAGGGAUGGGGGUGUUUGUGUGUGAGUGUGUGUGUUUGUUUUGAAGGGGUUUGUUAGUGGUAAAUGGGUUGUCGAUAAAGAAACAGGACAAUCUGAAACCCCACAUUACUCUCUUUACUUUCUUACCCCCUCCAAACUGUGUGGUGCAAUACCUCAAUUUUUACCAAUGCUAACUAAACGCUCUGUGUGUGAACUAGCUCCUAUCCAACAUGGAUGGUAUUUUGUAUAAAUGUCCCAGAAUCCUCGGUUUUUGAGCCGCAGGGUGCUGAUUCCCUGUCUGCCCUGUGUUUUCAGGCUGAUGUAUUAGAUGAGAAUGUUUUUCAAAGAGUCACCACAGCGGUUUCUGCAUCCCCAAGAUAUGGACAAUCUGCCUUUUCUCUGGUAUAAAAAAAAAAAACAAAUUGAAUUUUAUUUAUUAAAUUGUAAAUAUGUAAUGCAAUUCAAGAAAAUGGCUUGGUCUUUGUCUGUUCAAUAUACUGUUUCUAAGCUCCGAUCUUUUGUAUGUCUCAGAAAUUGUUUUUAUAUGUAUUUUUUACAAUAAAUAUGUGUGAGAGAUGUUUU